AUGCAGUCUCAAUGUGCCAGGGCAAGCUUCCGCGCGACGCGUCGCGUGCUCUCUCACGAUAGCGCUGCGCGCUUUUCCCGCAGCCCUCGCGUUCUGCGCCAGAGCCUGCCAACGCGGACGCAGAGCCCGAGGACUCCUUCCUUUGCGCGCACCUACUACACCAGCUCGACCGCUGAUACGAACGGCAACAGCCCGGCGAAGAAGCGCGGCUCCGCCUUUGCGCCGCUCGACACCUUCCCCCACCGCCACAUUGGACCUUCGGCUAGCGAUGCCGAGCAGAUGCUCAAGACCCUCGACCCGCCAGUCAGUUCGCUGGACGAGUUCGUGAAGCAGGUCGUGCCCGAAGACGUGCUGUCGGAUCGCAACCUCAAGAUCGACGGGCCCCAGCUUCGCACCAAGAGCGGCGAGACGGCCUUCAGCCAGGAUGGAUACACCGAGAGCGAGUUGUUGGCCCGCCUUCGCGAGAUCGCAAACGCCAACAGCGUCCACCGCAGCUACAUUGGCUGUGGCUACGCGGGCACCCGUACGCCCGAGGUUAUCAAGCGCAAUGUCCUUGAAGGCCCCGGCUGGUACACUAGCUACACCCCCUAUCAGCCCGAGAUCAGCCAAGGCCGCCUGGAGUCUCUUCUGAACUUCCAGACCAUGGUCUCGGAUCUCACUGGCUUGCCAAUCGCUAAUGCCUCCGUUCUGGACGAGCCAACUGCCGCCGCAGAGGCCAUGACGCUGGCUUUGAAUGCUCUGCCUGUGAGCAGGCUCAAGCGGCCUACUAAAAUCUUCUUUGUCGACGAGAACUGCCACCCGCAGACGAUUGCAGUUCUCCAGUCUCGUGCUGAAGGAUUCGGUAUUACGAUUGAAACCGGCGACGUGCUGAAGGAUGGUAACAGCCGUGUGCAGGAGAUUGGCCAGGAUCUCGUUGGUGUGUUGGUGCAGUACCCUGACACGUAUGGAGGUGUGGAGGAUUACAAGGCCCUUUCGGAUGCUGUACACAAGCUUGGCGCCACAGUCAGCGUUGCUACGGACCUGCUUGCUCUGACGGUCCUGAAGGCUCCUAGCGAGUUCGGCGCCGAUGUUGCUUUCGGAAACGCGCAGCGUUUCGGCGUGCCUUUUGGCUACGGUGGCCCUCAUGCUGCCUUCUUUGCCGUGAGCGAUAAGCACAAGCGCAAGAUGCCUGGUCGGCUUAUUGGCCUUUCCAAGGACCGCCUGGGAGAUAAUGCGGCAAGACUUGCUUUGCAGACUAGAGAACAGCACAUUCGCAGGGAGAAGGCCACGAGCAAUAUCUGCACAGCCCAGGCUCUUCUGGCGAACAUGAGCGCGUUCUACGCCAUCUACCACGGCCCCAAGGGUCUCAAGGCCAUUGCCGAGAGGACCAUUACUGCCGCGCGAGUCCUGCAGAAGGGGCUGAACCAGCUGGGCUUUGAGACCAGGAAGCGGGGUACUGGCGAGAAGGGAGCUGUUCUCUUUGACACUGUCGUUGUUGAUACCGAGAGCAACUCGGACAGGCUCAUCAAAAAGGCUCUGGACACGAAGAAGAUCAACCUACGGAAGAUUGACGACAGCCACAUUGGUAUCACCUUGGACGAGACCAUUACCAAGAACGACGUGGAGGACAUACUGGACGUGUUUGCUUCUUUCGUCGGUGUUAAGAACCUGCCCGAUCUUGAGGCUCUCGCCGAGCAGGUCUCCGCUGGCGGCAUCCCCGAGCAGUUCAAGCGCACGACGCCAUACCUGACUCACCCGGUCUUCAACACGCAUCAUUCUGAGACGGAACUCCUCCGCUACAUCCACCACCUUCAGUCCAAGGAUCUGUCCCUCGUCCACUCGAUGAUUCCGCUCGGCUCCUGCACCAUGAAGCUCAAUGCCACCACGGAAAUGGCCCCCGUCACCUGGCCCGAGUUCUCGUCCCUCCACCCCUUUGUUCCCAAGGACCAGGCGAAGGGCUAUGAAACUCUCAUCACUGAGCUCGAGAAGGAUCUGGCCGAAAUCACUGGCUUCCACUCCGUCUCGCUUCAGCCCAACUCUGGUGCCCAGGGCGAGUUCACUGGUCUCCGCGUCAUCCGCAAGUACCAUGAGCAGCAGCCUGGCAAGAAGCGUGAUAUUUGCUUGAUUCCCGUGUCUGCUCACGGCACUAACCCUGCCAGUGCCGCCAUGGCUGGUAUGCGCGUUGUUCCCAUCAAGUGCGACACGGUCACUGGUAACCUGGACAUGGAGGACUUGAAGGCCAAGUGCGAGAAGCACCGCGAGGAGCUUGGUGCUAUCAUGGUCACUUACCCCAGCACUUUUGGUGUUUUCGAGCCUAAGAUCAAGGAAGUCUGCAAGAUUGUCCAUGAGCACGGCGGUCAAGUGUACAUGGAUGGCGCCAACAUGAAUGCUCAGAUCGGGCUGUGCUCUCCCGGCGAGAUCGGCGCCGACGUCUGCCACCUGAACCUUCACAAGACCUUCUGUAUUCCUCACGGUGGUGGAGGUCCUGGAGUCGGCCCCAUCGGUGUCGCCAAGCACCUUGCUCCCUUCCUCCCCGGUCACCCCAUUGUCCCAACUGGUGGCGAGAAAGCCAUUGCCCCCGUCUCUGGAGCUCCCUGGGGAUCGUCUUCCAUCCUGCCCAUCUCUUGGUCUUACGUCAAGAUGAUGGGCGGCCACGGCCUCACCCACGCCACCAAGCUUACCCUUCUCAACGCCAACUACAUUCUGUCCCGCCUCAAGCCGCACUAUCCGAUCCUGUACACUAACGCCGCAGGCCGCUGCGCGCACGAGUUCAUUCUCGACGUGCGCAAGUUCAAGGAGACAGCUGGCGUCGAAGCCAUCGACAUCGCCAAGCGCCUCCAGGAUUACGGUUUCCACGCACCGACUAUGAGCUGGCCCGUUGCCAACACCCUCAUGAUCGAGCCGACCGAGAGCGAGAGCAAGGAAGAGCUCGACAGGUUCUGCGACGCUUUCAUUCAGAUCCGCAAGGAAAUCGAGGCAGUUGAGAAGGGUGAGGUUCCGAAGGAGGGCAAUGUGUUGAAGAUGGCUCCGCACAGCCAGAAGGACUUGUUGAGUGAGGAAUGGAAGAGGCCGUACACGAGGGAGUAUGCGGCGUAUCCGCUGCCGUACUUGAGGGAGAAGAAGUUCUGGCCGAGUACGACGAGGCUGGACGAUGCUUACGGCGACAUGAACCUCUUCUGCACAUGCGCUCCCGUCGAGGCUGAGGAGGCUUAA